AUGGGAAAUGUCGAGAAAACGUACAACACGUGGCAAUACGAGUUUCCAAUCAACACAAGUGCUGGAAAGAAGGUCACUAUUACGGCCUUUGGCAUGGAGCGAAUUACUGGACAAGUAAGCAAACUGGAUCCUAAAGUCCUGGUAAAGUUAUUUCCAGAAUAUGAUCCUGAAACACUCCAGCGAAAGUCAACACACGUGGAUGUCCUUCUGGGCUGUGAUUACUUCGGUCUCCAUCCAAAGCAAGAAGAAGCUAGAUGUGGCGACAAUCUAAGUAUCAUGAAUGGAGCAUUGGGGAUUUGCCUCCAAGGCGCCCAUCCAGAUCUGAUCGAAGAAACAAGAUAUGACACCAAUCUCGCAAAGAAAAUACACGAUGUUAACGUGAAAGUGGAGACAUACAAGACACGCUUGGACUCACAUCCAGAGUUCCAUCCCAAUCAUACCAGAGAAUGUUCUGUUAAUGUAUCGAGUUCCUAUAGUCACCGAAAGGACGAAAGCCAGAUUGACAAUUUUAUACAAGGAGAAGAACUUGCCACAGAAAUUUCUCCACAAUGUGGUGGAUGUCGCUGUAAUAAGUGCCCUACUGUCGGACACACUUACUCUUUCAAGGAAGAACAGGAAUUAAAACUGAUUCAAGAAAACCUCGAGUACGACGAAGUUAACCAAUGCUGGAUAACCAGUUAUCCCAGGCUCGUAGAUCCACAAAGUUUACCCGACAAUUAUCACACAGCACUUGCUACGUUAGAAAGAACUGAAAGAACGCUUAAGAAAGAUGACCAAUGGGCUAAGACGUACAAGAGCCAAAUGGACGAUAUGGUCGAUCGUUGUGUAGCAAGAAAACUAGCAUACGAAGAAGUAAAGAGCUGGACUGGCCCGGUGUUCUAUAUCUCCCAUUUAGCAGUUGUAAACCCGCAUUCCAAUUCUACGCCCGUGAGAAUUGUGUUCAACUCCAGCCAAACGCACAAAGGUGUUUCAUUAAAUGCUUGUCUCGCAAAAGGUCCAGACAGCUACAUGAACAACUUGGUUGGUAUUCUUCUACGUUGGAGAGAAGAAAGAGUAGCGCUAAUCGGAGAUAUUCGAAAGAUGUUCAACUCAGUUUAUUUGAAGGCCUUGGAACAGCAUUGCCACCGUUUCCUAUGGCGAGAUUUACAGCAGCAUCGCCCACCGGACAUUUACGUAAUACAACGAGUCAAUAUGGGUGAUACACCAGCCCCCGCCAUCAGCACAGAAGCGUUCUACAAGACCGCGGAGUUGUAUCGAGAGGUUAGUCCACAAGCCGCAAAUCUCCUAAAACAUUCCAGUUACGUGGAUGAUUUGAUUGACUCACGUCCAAGUAAACCCGACGCGUUAAAGAUUGCCAAGGAAGCCGAGGAUAUCCUUGCCAAAGGAGGAUUUGCUGUAAAGUGCUGGCAAUUUAGUGGCGAAACACAACCUCGCGUAAAAGAAGAGUUGUUAAAAUUGGACCUGCCAGAAAAGAGUGUUGAAAGCUCAGACCAAGGACUAAUAAUGUUAAAAGGAACUGACGAAAACUUACGAGUGCUCGGUCUGGGAUGGAAUCCAAAGCAAGACACCAUCACCUAUGAAGUAACUUUGAACUUCAGUAGCAAGAGACGCGGAGUUCGAACCGGUCCAAACCUGCUAGAAAGCGACCUACCAAGUGCAUUACCGAAUGUGUUAACCAGACGAAUCGUUCUUGAGCAAGUAAUGAAGAUUUAUGACCCACUCGGAGUAAUUUCUCCAUUUACAUUGAUGGCCACGAUAUACUUACGCGAAACCUGGUCCCGCAAGCUCGGAUGGGAUGACCCACUUCCAGCAGAACUUUGCAACAAAUGGUCCAAUUUCUUCACUGCUCUUUUCAAACUUCGGCGUUUGUGUUUGGAGCGAUGCUUACGACCUGUGAAUAGCAAUGGACGCCCUUGGUUAAUAAUCUUGAGCGAUGGUAGUGAUCUCGCGUAUGGCUUCGCAGCUUACAUUCGAUGGAAAUUGGAUGAUGGAAGCUACUGGUGUAGGUUGAUCAUGGCGAAGUGUCGUAUUGCUCCAAUCAAUAAGUUAUCUACCCCUCAGAUGGAGUUAAACGCAGCUGUUCUGUCGAAAAGAGGAAGAAAGGUCAUCGAGAAAGAAAUGAGGUUCGACUUCGAGAGAGUUUUACAAAUCGUGGACUCAGAAACAGUCUUGAGUAUGAUCCACAAGACAAGCACACGUUUCAAAGUUUACGAGGGAGUACGAAUCGGAGAAAUCCAAGCAGCAACUGAAGGAGAUCUGACUUGCUGGGCUUGGAUGUCUGGCCAACAUAAUACAGCUGACUGGUUGACACACGGCAGAGCACCAGAGGAGCUGAACAACGAUUCUCAUUGGUGGAAUGGACCGCCGAUUCUAUACCGACCGAUAGAAGAAUGGGGAUUAAAGUUUAACCCAAAGAAAGAACCACUCCCCGGUGAAAAGAAAGUCCAUGUUGUAGCAGCAGCAGCGAGCGUAGAGGCAUUGUUGAUCGACUAUGAAAGAUUCAGCAGUAUCAACAAAGCUAUUUGGGUCGUCGCGAGAUUGCUAAACAUUGCGAAGAAAAGUUUUAAAGGCGGAAGGACUCUGUCCAUCUCGGUUAAGCAAUUACAAGAAGCCGAGAACUUUAUUGUUAAAGAAGUUCAGAAAUCAUUUGAAAGUGAACUGACAAAAACUGACCGCAAAGGCAGAAAAGGUGGUCGUUUCGCUUGUUUCAAUCCAGUCCAAGAUGAAAGUGGACUCUGGGUAGUGGGACAGCGCCUGAAGAACAAAAAUCCCAUGACAGUGGAUUCUUCGCUGCAAAAGCUAUUGCCCUACCGACAUCAUGUUACCAGACUCUUCAUGCAACGAGCUCACACUUCUGGUCAUAGAGGGCGUGAUGCAACCUUAGCACGAUUCCGUCAACUCUACUGGGUAACCCAAGGAAGCAAACUCGCUCAAUCAAUCAAUCAAUCAAGAGUAAAUGUCAGAUGUGCAAGCUACGAGAAGCAAAGUUCCUCGAACAGCAAAUGGGACAACUACCGGAAGCAAGAUUGA